GGACGAGAUACCCCCGGACGAGAUGGAGAAGACCACGACAACGAACCGCUUCAAGUUGAAUUAUCCCUGUCCCCGCCACUCCUCUCCGCCCUCUCCGUACUCGCGCCCCCCCACGAAGUCGAUGACUACUCGCGCAUGCUACUACAUACCUUCAUCACCCGGUCCCGAGAAGUGAUGCACCCGGCCAAGCUUAGCCUCGAAUAUUCAGCAAAUACGAGCCUCUGGAUCCAGUACCAGGCACAAGACUCGUCGUUCCUCCACCCCGUCAUCUUCUCCAUCUCCCUCAUCAGCCGCAUCCUCGGACAUCACCCCCACGGAACAAAGUCUGGGGCCCACCACUGGGGCAAGACGCUUGCCUUCCUCAACGGCAGGCUGUCUGACAGCCGCAGCUGCACGCACAAUUCGACCAUCUGGGUUGUUCUCAGCCUCGUUAUCCUGUUCUCGUCGGCGCGAGACUACGCAGCAGCCGUGGUCCACAUCAGGGGGCUCGGCGAGAUGGUCCGGCUGCGCGGCGGUCUCGCAGCCUUUCGCCGGGGCCCGAGGCUCUAUGCAAAGCUGAGCCGGACCGACCUGGCCUACUCGCUCUAUUCAGGGGAGAAACCCGUCUUCGCUGGAGAUGCCUCUGGGACAAGCAGCCAUCUGGCUAUCGAGACUCUGAGCCCCUGGGGCUGCAGCUGGGACGGAACGGCUUCCAUGCCCGGCGCAGCUGGGGCCGUCAAGUCCAUCUCUGGUAUAACAAACUGCGAGUUGCUCGCCGUGUUCGCAGACCUGCGGCGGCUCUGCCGUGCGCUCAACGCCGCGGCGGAAAGCCCCACCCCGCUGUAUGCCGUCGAGUUCCAGGACCAGAUCUGCUCGGUCCAGUACCGGCUGCUCGGGCUGCAGGGCUGCCUGGACGACGCCCUCGCCGAGUGCCUCCGGCUGGCCAUGCUGGCGUUCCUCUCGACCACCUCUCAGGUGCCGGGAACCAGGGGCCACUACCCCUAUCUGUCGCGGCGUUUUCGGGAAACCUAUGACGCCGUUCGCACCUCUGCGCCCCAGUUGCAGGGUUUGGUGCUUUGGGUGUUGACAAUAGGGGCCAUAUCCAUUUUCGACGUGGUCGACCCCUGGCUGCGUGGGCGCUGGAAGGCCGAGGUCUCGCCAGACAUGUCGUGGAGAGACGCCCGGCAGUGUCUUGUUGGUUUUCCGUGGAUAGACUAUAUCCACGACCAGGCUGCGCUGGCUGUCUUUGAGAUGCUGAACCUCGAGGAAGCGCCAGGGAUGGGCAGCCAGGGCUGCUCUUCAGACACGGCCACGCUAUGGGCCAGCGGUUGGGCGGGAUGCACGUACGAGUUUAGAUAGGGUCUUUCGGGAGCGGAAGUUUCCAAUGGAGUGCUAUGAUGGUCUUGCCAGAAGACCACAACUUGGAAUAUCUUCAUUAUGGAGUCUUGAUCAUAUUCAAGUAACUUGCCCACGGUAACCCAGUAGCCCGGCUCUGCAAACAAACUCCAUAACUAAGCCGCGGACAGCUAGAUUGGUUCCCCUCAAAGUCGGACGGAGUUCGCGUUUGACAUAACACGCAGAGUAGAUAAUUAUCAGUCUUAUAUUACGGAUACGGUAUACGUG